UUCGACGAGUUGGUCUCAGAGCACACGCAACAGGGGGUGCCAGAAGAGCAGCGUGGAUCUCAGGCUCUUCUACCUCCCCCGGGCAAAGGUCACGCCUCAUAUGCGGACAUGGACCAUUGCUCUGUGUCGAGCGCGACUGGGCGACCAAAUCUAAAUCUUACCAAACCGGAGAGUCGGAUGCACCUCUGGAGCAAGAUGAGGAAGAUUGUGCGUUAUGUUUACCAGUACCGUGAUGAGUACGACUACUUUUACAAGGCUGAUGAUGAUAACUACCUGUUUGUGGAGAAUCUGGCAGAGGAACUGAACAAAAGAAACCCUGAUGAGCCCUUCAUGAUGGGACAUCGUUUUCCGAGAUUUCAAAGAGUUGGCUACUUUUCUGGAGGCGCCGGAUACGUCCUUUCGCGCGGAGCCCUGAAGGUACUGAUUGAACGUGCAAUUGACAAACAUCCAAGCUGUCCCACCUACGAUGAAGAUAAGGAGGAUGUAAAAAUGAGUAAGGACCUUGCAGUCUUAACAUUCAUUCGCACGCACCCCUUUGCUUCCUUUUCCGUCAGUAUCAUAUCUUCACUUGGAGCCAUUUGCAAAGGUUGA